AGCCUGCAGCUGCCGGUCGGUCGAGUCACGAACCACCUGUCCUGUAGACCACGCUACCACAGUGUCACGGUGACGGACGGCGUCGGCGACUUAAAUAUCAGCUCUGUUCCAUAAGGGUGGCUGUUAAAAUUUUCAUUGCGCCGCCGUUUUCAGUUUACUGUUUGUAUUCCGUUUUGUCCUCGUCAACAGGUAACACCACGUUUUCUUGUACCGGCUUCCACCAGGACGGCACUAGCCACUAAUGCCUAUCAAUUUAUUAUUAUUAUUAUUUCGUAUUCGUUGAGACGUCUACUCGCCGUGUGAAGUGUAGAACCGUAUGUGGCACUCUAGUGGUUGUCUGCACCUUGAAAUAAUUGAUUUGUCUUCGAAACACCCGCGGAACGCGAUUUGGUGUUAAUCGAUCGAGCCUUACGAAUCAUAAUAUCAUAUCGGUCUAGACGUUUUACAAACAUUCACUUACCAUCACUAUCACCAUGAGCAACUUGAGCGGCAGAGACUCCGAGGCUGAGUUUUUCAUUAAUAGAGAAAUUUUGUCACUGGAUCAAUACAAACAGUUGAAUAAUAAUCGUGAGAACUUGGACCUUCAAUUGUUGAUUGGCCUGGCGACCGAUGAUGAACUGUUUGAGCAAAUCAAAACCGAAAUUGAUUUAUUUGAAAAGUGCUAUAGUAUCAUUGAAAGAGAGGAUGCCGAUAAUCAUAAAAAAUUAUUACUUUUGGUGUUGUUCGAUCGCAUAAACACUUUGUUUGCCCAUUUGUUUCACCUGUUCCCCAUCAAUGCUAAACAUGCCGAGAAGUAUUUACAAUUAUGCUCAAAUUAUAUUUGUUCAAUCAUAUCUUCACUUCCAACUAUUCUCAGAGAAAAUAAUCUUAUUAAAUAAACAGUAUUUUAUUAUUUAAUACUUUGGUUAAUUAAGCAUUUUAAUAUUUGAUCAUUCUUUACUAUUGUAAAACCUUAUCCCAAUUGCCACUGUAUUAUUGUUUUAACUGUUUAUUUUUUAAUCCAUUCCUUAGUGAAAUAAGUAUAAAAAGCUCUAUUGGAGGUUUUUAAUUAAAUUUUAAAUAAUAUCAUCAUUUAUCAUUAUUAAUAUUAUUUUUUUAAAUUAAUGUAAAUUCUUAUUGUAAUUUAUCUCCUGCCCAUAUUUAUGUUAUAUCAUUGAGGUGUUAAUUACCUACCUAUUAAAUGAAUGUGAAUAAAUAUAAAUCAUGUUACGAGUAAAUUGAAUGUAAUAUUGUAUUUUAGAAUAUUAUAAGUGGAGUGUAACAUUUUUAACAUAUUUAAUUAAAAAAUGGUCAAUUAUUUGAAAUGAUUUAUGUUUCUUUAAAAUUAAAAUUAAAUAAAGUAUAAUUAUUAUUAACCCUAUGUCGGUCCCACCAAAAAUUUCACUUGGUUAGUCACACAAUCAUUAUGACCACAUCAUUUGUCUAAAUAAAAUCUGUUUGAAAUAUACAUAAUAUAUUUUUAUUAA